AUGUAUUCAUCAAUCCAGCAGGGUCGGCUGUUUGCUCACCCUUGCAGAUUUGUCGCUCGCCGCCGCUAUUCAGCGCCCUUCUCGGCACCGUCGCGCCGAUUCCAUCUAUCACCAAGAUGGCUAGCAUCACCACAAGAUCCUUAUGAUGCGGCGUCUACAGCGCCAGGGAACACCGUUGAAGACCCAACGAUCAAGACCGAGAACAGCACCCCCAAUGGCGCCCCGCCCUCAACUCCAUCCCCCGAAUCUACCAAGCCAGCCUUAAAAACAUACGGGUCUGCCAUGCGCCGAGCGAUGAGGAACAGGAAAUCCUCACAGGAGCCAUCCCAGUCAGCGACAACUGUACCAAUUUGGUUCCAUGAGCGCAAUACGGUAUCUCACGGCCAGGAAGAUCAUGCUCUUGCGCAAUCAUUACAACAGGUCAAGAUCACAAAGUCAGGAUCACAAGCGGAGACGGAGGCUACAAGGGAAACGAUGGCGUCUGGAGGAGACCCUCAUUCAUCUGCACCUGAUGAGCCGCCAGCAGGGAACCGGUAUGCGGUGGCUGAGGAGUCAUGGGAAGAGUUGUGCGCCUCUGUCAAAGCAGGCCUGCGACUACCACCGGCAAAAUAUGCCCAAGAGCCUUCGGUGAAGAAGUCGCAUUUGGUCCUACACUACCCUGGCAAUGACGGUAUUUCAUUUCUCGACGCUGUAGUGAAGAGACUCGCCCACGAGUUGAGCACUGACUUGGUGACCCUCAAUGCCCAGGACAUCGCUCAAUUGUUCAGUGAGCAAGAUCUCGCAGAUGUCGGUGUGACUUCACCAAUUCGAUCGCUCGGCUAUGAGGUAUAUCAGAAUUCUGCUCCUUCAUGGCCAGAAGUUGAAGACCAGGAAGCAGAUGGCGAAGACGACGUCACCGAAAUUGGCCCGCGAGGGAUGCGCGGCGAUGUCGGCACACCGCGGUUUAUCACAAUCGAAAGCAGCAAAGAAGCUGGCGACAUUGCGCUUCCCAACUGGCUUGGGCUGAAAACACUCUUGGGUAGAUCCAUUAAUGGUCAAACGGACGCAGAUCCCGGGGUCGGCGCUUCACGAGGUGGUCGUGCUGAGACUCGCUGGACUAAACUACUCAAUGAACUCCUCGGACCAUCGAGCCAAGCAGCGUCAGACUCUAGCGAACCGGCAGAAACCCCCCAACCAGAUGCUAGCAAGGCGCUGCCAUCUCGAGAUAUCAUUAUGCACAUACAGGAUUACCGUGAUAUCCAAAACACUCGAGAGGGAUCAAAGUUCAUUUCGCUCUUGCACAAAGUCAUUCAAGAUCGGAGAGGAGCAGGGUCUAAGAUUCUAUGGUUCUGGGCUUUACAGAAUGUCGUUGAAGACCAGUUCUCGAAGACUCUGUUUAUAACGCCCGCCAUGAACUCGAAAUCCGCCGAAAAGGUCUUUGUAGAAGACCGCAAGAAGCGCACCAUGGACAUCAAUAUCCGCCACUUGCAGAGCAUGCUUCGUUUCCGACUGAACGAGCAGUCUUUGCCCGCAAAAGACAAUGUACUUCACGAUCGUGCUUGGCCACUUGAACCUUCGACAAUCAAAGAAUCUGGGAUUGAGGAUCGGUUCUGGUCAUAUAACCAAGUGCAUUGGAUUGCCACACUUGCACUUGGCUCUGCGGAAACCAACGAGUCUUUUGGGUUCGAACAUAUCCGACGCGGAAUCGAGCUCAUGGACAAGAGUGACCGAGUCACCAAUGAAUGGCUGAAGGAGAAAUCCCCCAAGCAAAAGGACUCGGAAGCAGGACAGACUCGAGAGCAGCUGCUGGCCUCUUUGCGCAAAACAUGCAACACGCACGAAAAAAAGCUGCUCAACGGCGUAGUUGACGCAAAGAGCAUUCGCACCACCUUCAACGAUGUGCAUGUGCCUCCUGAAACCAUUGAUGCUCUUAAGACACUGACAUCCCUCUCCCUCAUCCGCCCUGAGGCAUUCACAUAUGGUGUUCUCGCCACAGACAAGAUCCCGGGUCUUCUCCUGUACGGGCCACCAGGAACCGGAAAAACACUGCUUGCAAAGGCCGUCGCCCGCGAGAGUGGAGCGACCGUCCUCGAAGUCAGCGGGUCAGAAGUGUACGACAUGUACGUCGGUGAAGGCGAGAAGAACGUGAAGGCGAUUUUCACACUAGCGAAGAAGCUCAGCCCCUGCGUCGUUUUCAUCGACGAAGCAGACGCCAUCUUCUGCUCACGCACAGGAGCAGCCAGUCGUACCUCCCACCGCGAACUGAUCAAUCAGUUCCUCCGCGAAUGGGAUGGAAUGAACGACCUCUCAGCCUUUAUCAUGGUCGCCACAAACCGACCCUUCGAUCUCGACGACGCUGUUCUCCGCCGACUCCCCCGUCGUCUCCUUGUCGAUCUACCAACCGAGGAAGACCGCCACGCAGUCUUGAAGAUCCACUUGAAAGAAGAACAGCUCCACGAUUCCGUCGAUCUCGCCGAGCUAGCCCGCCGCACACCCCUGUAUUCCGGCUCUGACCUCAAAAACCUGGCGGUGGCAGCUGCCCUGGCUUGUGUUCGCGAGGAGAACGACGCUGCCUCCAAACACACAGGCGAUGAGCCGUAUAGUUAUCCUGAGCGACGAAUCCUAACACGCGCGCAUUUCGAGCGUGGAAUGGAAGAAAUCAGCGCUUCGAUUAGUGAGGAUAUGUCCUCGUUGUCGGCGAUUCGCAAGUUCGAUGAGCAGUAUGGUGAUCGGAAGGGUCGUCGGGAGAAGAGUCCUGGCUGGGGAUUCAUUCCUGGUCCUACUGGUGAGGCGUCGUCUGAUUCGGCACGUGUUCGGACAUAA